AACGUGGAAGUAUUUCUUCUUCUUGGCAGUAUUUCUUCUUCAUAUACAUCACAAAUAAUAUGAGGGUACUUCUGAAGUAUCUUGUAAUUCAAAGGGUUUUCGGGUAACUUAAUAUAUUUUUGUACCCCAGAAAAAGAUCAGAUUAGAGUGAACCUCUCGCUCAGACACACAAACACAUACACACCAAUGGCAAUGGCAUCGAUGAAGCUUCUAUCAUCUUCUCCACUACAUUCUCCUUCACCUUCUUGCAAAUUCAAAGCAACUAGGGACUGUACACAGUUACAACUCCAGCAACAACAACAACCAUGGCAAGUAGUACCAUUUCAAGCCAUAAGACCAACUAAGAGGUUAGUAGGCGCUCAGCUCUCCAACCUCCUUCAAGAACCACUACUACUAGCUGAAGCUGCAACAGAUGUAGCAACAGCAGUGACUGAAACUAGUACAGGGUAUUCCUUGGCAAGCUAUUAUACAUCACUGGGUCUGUUUGUCAUUUCUGUUCCUGGAUUAUGGUCACUCAUUAAACGCUCUGUCAAAUCCAAGAUAGUGAAGAAAAGUUUUGUUGGAGAAGGUGAAAUGAAAACGAAAGGGCCAAAUCAAGUUGCUGGCGAAAUUCUUUCUUUCUUUACCCGUAACAAUUUCGCCGUUUCUGACCGGGGAGAGACAAUUACGUUUGAAGGAGAGAUGGUACCAAGUAGUAGUCAAGCUGCAUUGCUCACAUUCUGCACAUGCAUCAGCUUGCUCAGUGUUGGCCUUGUGCUGACCAUUACAGUUCCAGAUGUUGGUGACAAAUGGUACUACCUCACCGUGUUAAGCCCCUUAGCAGGAGCGUAUUACUGGAAGAAGGCAUCGAGAAAAGAAAAAAUACAGGUGAAAAUGAUGGUUGCAGAGGAUGGAACUUUGUCUGAGAUUGUCGUCCAAGGGGAUGAUCAACAGGUUGAGCAAUUGAGGAAGGAGCUUCAACUUAGCGAGAAGGGCAUGGUGUAUGUCAAAGGUUUAUUUGAGAGGUAAAUGUAAAAAAUCUGUCAAUAUUACUUCCUUUUUUUGAAGAUUCAAAGAACAUUUGGAGUUCGGCUUUUCAUUUUAUAGCCCCAAGCGAUCCACUAUGCCUGGAUAGAAGGAAGAGUGAUAGAGAGUUUGUUCUAACAUAGUAAUGAAAGGUCAUGUCAUAAGGCUAUGUAGACUCGAAACAAUUUUGAGCUGUACUGUCAAUUCUUAUGUAUGUUAUAUAUGGAGAUCAUUAAUCUUAUUUCUUUGA